AUGAAUGAACAAUGUUCUUGUAAUAAUCAUAAUGAAAUAUAUAAAAUAAUUGAAAAUUAUCGUUCAAUUCUUAAUCGAAAACAACAAUUCAUAUCUAGUUGGAAAAUUUUUCAUAAUAAUAAAAAAAUUCAUUUUAUACAUGGUAGUAAAUUUCGAAAACAUACUGAUGCACUUGUCAUUUGUUCAAAUUAUAUUUAUCUUAUUAAUCCAUGGUAUAAAUAUAUUGAUAUAAAAAAAAAUUUUCUAUCAAUUUUAAAACAAAAUCAAUAUUAUCAAAUAUUUGAAAUUAUUUUACUUGAAUGUAAUUGUUUAAUAAAUUUAAAUAAAUAUGAAUUAGCAAUUAUUCAAUGUCCAUGUUUUGAACAAUUAAAAACUUAUUGUAAAUAUUGUCGAUUAAUAUUAAUAAUGACUAAAGAAGAACAUUCAAAUAUUCUAUUAUCUAAUUGUUUAUU